AACAUACCAAAUUUUUCACUAGCUAGUAGUACCUCACCACGCAGAGCCUUGUUUUUCCUCAUCACCAUAAACUUCUCAUGAUCCACCUCUCUUAGACAUAUUCUAGCCUCGGAAAAUACAUGAUACAUAUGGAACUACUAAUUCCCAAAAAGUUGCUCAAAUUAUGGGAUGCAUGGCAAAUCCGUGGUGGCAUUAUCCUCAGCCUCUUCCUGCAGACUUUCUUAGUGUCAUUUGCCUCCUGCAGGCGCCGAUCCAAACUCGCGUUGGUGCUCUUUCUCAUCUGGUCGGCCUACUUGCUGGUGGACUGGGUGGCUGCAAUUACCAUUGGUGCAAUAUUCAUCAAAAGCCAAGGCGAUAUUUGUGACCCGCCCAAGGGGAAUGACGACCUAUUCGCAUUUUGGGCUUCAUUUCUCUUGCUCCAUCUCGGCGGCCCCGAUAGCAUCACUUCUUUUGCACUUGACGACAACAAGUUCUGGGUUAGACACCUUCUAGGGCUCGCUUUGAAGAGCCUGGCUGCUGCUUAUAGCGUCUUUUCACGCUUCUCACACUGUUCUGGUGCAGGAGAAGCUUCAACUCCUUGCAAUCUACAAGACCUCCGAAUAGGUGUCUCCUCAGGAGAAGCUUCAACUCCUUGCAGUCUAAGAGACCUCCUAGAAGGUGCAGUGGGUGAGACAAAUGAAGAGAACAACGACCCAAAGCUCAUAAAACUUAAAUCCGAGGAGAAGUCCUUUGCUGCACGAACGAGGAGUGCCAACAACAAGAUUUGGCUCCCCACGAUGUUGGUCUUCAUUGUGGGGAUUGUCAAGUAUGGUGAGAGAACUUGCGCUCUUUACCUUGCGAGCACCGAUCAUUUCGGACCUAGUACUUCUGUAUUAUUCUUGCUCAUUGAAAAACAUGAGCUCAAUGAGUUUGAUAUCGGACUCACUUAUGCCUCGUUUCUCGGUGCUGUUGUCCUCGAUUCCAUGUCCUUCAUUCAACUCAUUUCUUCUGAUUAUACCCUUAGAGCCCUAAAGGAAAGUUUGAUGAGAUUUAUCCCAUCAUUCAUUAUGAAGAAAAGAAGGUGGUCUCUGUCAGUCUUGCAGUAA